UCCAUCGGGCCUGUCUCGGAGUCCCAUCAGCAUAACGUCUCGGAUUUAGGUCUAUCAGCACAGCUUGGAAAUAUGACUUCUUCCAACCCCGACCAGCGCCUGGAGCAUCUCCUGAGCGCCGUGGAGAGCGAGUUCCAGAAGGGCAGCGAGAAGGGAGACGCGUCCGAGAGGGAUAUUAAACUGACGCUGGAUGACGCAGACUUAUGGAACAAGUUUAAAGAGUUAACCAACGAGAUGAUCGUGACAAAGACGGGGAGGAGGAUGUUUCCAGUUCUCAGGGCCAGCGUCACCGGCCUGGACCCGAACGCCAUGUAUUCGGUGCUGCUGGAUUUCGUUGCCGCGGACAACAACCGCUGGAAAUACGUGAACGGGGAGUGGGUCCCCGGUGGCAAACCGGAACCCCAAAGCCCCAGCUGCGUCUACAUCCACCCGGACUCCCCCAACUUCGGAGCGCACUGGAUGAAGGCGCCCGUCUCCUUCAGCAAAGUCAAACUCUCCAAUAAACUGAACGGCGGCGGACAGAUCAUGCUGAAUUCUCUGCACAAAUACGAGCCUCGGAUACACAUCGUGAAGGUUGGAGGCAUCCAGAAGAUGAUCAGCAGCCAGUCUUUCCCUGAAACGCAGUUCAUCGCUGUCACCGCCUACCAGAAUGAAGAGAUCACUGCCUUGAAGAUCAAGCACAAUCCCUUUGCUAAAGCCUUUCUGGACGCUAAAGAGAGGAGCGACCACAAAGAAGUCCCUGAUCACAGCGCAGACAAUCAGCAGUCUGGCUACUCUCAACUUGGAGGUUGGUUCCUCCCCGGCCAGAGUCCCAUCUGCCCCAGCAGCAGCCCCCCUCAGUUCAGCAGCACAGCCGGACACUCCUCUGGCUCCUACUGCGAGCGCUACUCCAGCCUGAGGAGCCACAGAGCAGCUCCAUAUCCCAGCCACUACCCCCACCGCACCUCCAGCUCAAACAACUACAUGGACAACACUUCAGGGACUCUGCCGACUCAUGACAGCUGGUCUGCUCUCCAGAUCCCCAACUCCACAGGCAUGGGCACUCUGUCCCACACCACCAACUCCACAUCUAACUCUAGUCAGUACCCCAGCCUCUGGUCAGUAGCCGGCACCACCCUCACCCCUUCAGGCUCGGCCUCCGGCUCCAUACCCGGAGGCCUGACCUCCCAGUUCCUGAGGGGUUCUUCCUACACGGGACUGACCUCCUCGCUGCCCGUCUCCUCACCCUCCUCCAUGUACGACCCCAGCCUCAGCGAGGUCGGUGUUGGGGAAGCCCAGUUCGAGAGCUCCAUCGCCAGGCUGACCGCCACCUGGGCGCCUGUAGCUCAGAGCUACUGAAGCUUUGACUCUGCUGCCCGGCCGUCGUCUCUGGAGGCUGGAGACACCUGAAGCAGCAUAAAGACAGAAACACAGGUCCUGGAGAAGAGGUGGAAAAGUCACAAGACCUGCAAGGCUGUUUGUGAUAAGCCGUAGCGUAUCCAUUCCAAAGAUCUACUGAACAAAGCUGAUGUGCAAAGACAGAACUUGAAAGACAAUCCGUCUCAGUUUCACCCUACGAUAAGCAGCAGUAGAACAGCUGCACAGUGAGAACUCUUUGCUCUUAGUCAGUCCCAACAUGCUUAUUACACCUUUUUAACAUGUUUAUUACCUUUUUGACUCCACACAACCAGCAUCAACUGAACAAUCAUUGGCAUUUUGUUUUUAUUCUUAACUAUAUAAGAAAAAAAAGGUUCUGCUAACAUAUAUGUGUACAUGUGUGUAUAUAGAAUAAAUUAACGUUCUGUGUUAUCAAUAUAAAUGUGGUUUUUCUCUGAUUGCAAUACAAAUGUUCCACGUUGAAAGACACAAGUGCCUUCUGCAUCCUGGCAGGGUUUUGUCGAACAAGAAGACGCCCCUGCACAAAAGCGUGUACAUAAACUAUGUAUUUGUAUUUUAACUCGCUGUGAGUUUUAUUUAUGUCAUUUAAUAAUAAAUUAAAAAUGUUUUGUUUUCUCAGA